AAAAUUGCAACCCCCUCACAUUCCUCAACACACUAAAAAAUAUUCCCUAUCAACAAGUGGUAGCACAGCGCGAUCAGCUGUUGUACUGCUGGCGCGCACAUCUGUCAGUUCACGUGUGAAUUUGAUUUUGUUUACAUCUGCCAGAAACAAUUGUGAAAUUUGUGAUUGACAAUAUUCGUGUACGGUAAUUCAGUGAAAUACACACCAAUUGAAGAAUAAUUCGUGUAAUUAAAAUACUAAUUCGUCGUACAUUUGUUUUGUGAUGUCGGUUUUGCUCGCGGAUAUAGAUGCCACUUGCGCGGCGCUUGGCUAUUACGAUAAUGAUCGCUAUCUCGCUGAACCGGACGCGCUGCAAGGCCUCCGGCAUUUAAUAUGGAUUUUGCGACGCGAUUUGGAAAAUCAUGAAUAUCGACGCCAUUUGGGACAUUCAAAAGUCUUACAAACAGAUUUAGUGCAUAUGCUGCAUGACUAUGUGCAAGACGAGGAAUACGCAGAUGCGUUAGUGCGUCUGUUGGUCAUUCUAACAAAUCCAACCUUGUUAUUGUAUCGCGAUGGCCCGCCUAAAGAUUUUCAUAGCCGCAAAGUGUUUAUGGAAUUAAUUGAAAUUUUGCAAGGGUACAAGAGCGCUUUUACCCAAGAUAAAGUUUGGGUGCCACUUUAUGGUAUAUUGAAAAAAGGAUUAGAAAUCGAUUGGGCUAUUCGUAGUGAGGAGCAGAGCUUGAUGAUUGAACGCGUUCUUGUGUUGAUACGGAACGUGCUUCAAGUGCCAGCCAACCCGGAGGCGGAGUGUCGUGCCGAUAAUGAUGCCAGUCUGCAUGACCAGGUUAUCUGGGCCUUGCAUCAGUCGGGUCUUAUGGAUUUGGUAUUGUUUGUGGUGUCAUCAUCGGAUGAGCAUCAAUUUCAUUUGCACGGUUUAGAGAUUUUAUGUCUGCUCUAUCGCGAACAAACAGCCGAAUCCCUAGCGGAUGCAUCCUUGCAACGCAGUCUUGCCGAGAAGCAACGCGACGAACAGGAAUUGUUGGCAGCGCGUCGUCGGGAACGUCAACGGCAUCAGACCAAACCGCCUGUGGCGCGACAUUCACGAUUUGGCGGCACGUAUGUAAUACGGAAUAUGAAAUCCGUGUCGGAUCGCGACAUUAUUUGCCAUCAGCCAUUGGAACGUGUUAUGUCGAUUGAUUUCGAUCGUGAGAAGAAUCAGCAGAAGCGUUCAUUUCGCCACAUUAAGGAAGAGGUUCAGUUGACACGACGUAGUGCAUUCUCUGUGCGUUUGUGCUUGCGUGAAUUCUGCAUCGAGAUUCUCCGCUCCGCCUACAAUACCUUGGUGCGUGAGGUCAGACGCGUGCUGGAACGUAAUGCUGGCACGGGCAGUCAUGAUGAUUCGUAUCUUUUGUGGGCGAUAAGAUUUUUCAUGGAAUUCAAUCGGCUCAGUGGCAUGCAACUGGAGCUAGUGAGUGAGUCGUUGAGCGUGCAGUGCUUCCAUUGGGUCCUAACGCGUAUGCAACAUGAUAUGGACAUGAUUGUCAGCGACAAGAAGCAGGCGCGCGUCUGGGCGAAGCGUUUACAUGUCGCACUACAGACAUUCCGUGAAUUGUUGUUGAGCUUGUUGGCAUUGCAGAAAGUUAAGGACGAUCGAGCUUUGGCUCUCUUCGAUAUGUUAUUGAAUAAUGUCUGCUAUGUAUUGGAAUAUCGAGAGACAAUAUUGCAUUUGUUAAUGAACUACAAUGAGGCACAUAGCACCAAAGCAUACCUACGCGAUGUGAUCGAAACUGCCAACAUUUUCAUUAAAAUGAUGGAGAAAUUCUGCAAGGACACAGUGCUCUUGCAGGACAAGAAACGCACAAAAAAGCGUGGACAAAAGUCGAAAGCAAAUAAAAAACCGGAGCCCAAACCACAACUCACCGAGGAAGAGUUGUCUAAUAAAUGGGCAGAAUUCGCUGGUGAAAUAAGUGAAGUCCUCUCGAAAGAACUUCAACUACCAGAGGAGGAUCAACCAUUGCCAUUUGAUGCGACUGCGGAAAAAAGUAUCGACGAUCAAAAGGAGGAUUGUAUGUUACGCUUGCAUCGUUUUUUGCGUGAUCAGCAAAUUGAAAAAGCAAUUUCCCUAUUACGUUCUGCCAGAGAAGUGUGGCCAGAAAAUGAUGCUUUUGGCGCGAUGUCCGCCGCACCGGAAGAUGAAUUGCUGCUGCUACGUGAGAUCUACAUGCACAACAUUGAAUCAGGUAUGAACAUAUAUACUUUUAUUUAAUGUACGAAACAUCGUAUUACAUGUGUACCGGGAAGUAAAAAAAAAAACAUAAAUAGGUA